AUGCCGGAAGUGAUUGAAGGAUGCGAUACAAAACUUUCACUUGCGGACGAAACAAUCGUGGACCCUGUGAAACGGCCGAAUGCGAAAGAUGCUCAUCACGAAUACGACGAUGAGGAGGAUUGCUAUGACGACAGUGACGAUGAUGGUAGUGGAGGAAUCGGCGGCGGAAUCGUUGACACUGGUGUAAGCGGCGGUACUGGUGGUAGGGAACCUACGUCUACAACAUGGACAUUUACAUGUGGAGCCCUUUAUACAUUUGGCCGUACAGUCUCUAUUUGA